UGAAUAUGACAUCUUUCUGGGUUAAAUCAAUUUGAAAUGACGAUUCUUAGUUGUCAAAUCAUCAAUUCGAGUUUUAAGUUGUUGCCGGAAACGCCCACUUAACCUGGAGCAACCACUUCCGCUAACUUGUUGUUUCCACUUCCGCCCGGUGACUUUCGCUUUCCUUUCGUUCGUUCAAAUAUUUUUGAUACGGCCAAAAUGAAAUCUACAACAUGCGAAUAUUAAUCAGCAAAACAAAAUGACAGUGUGCUCGAGUUUGCAAAUAUUAGCCAGCGAUAAGAAAGGAGAAAAAAAAUACGGAGUAAAGGUCGUUGGCGGCGAAAGUGAAAGUAAAUUGAACAGGGAAGGUUCUCGACGUUUGUCUCCGUGUUUGGAAGGGCUGCACGAUGCCGUCAGUCAUCCUUCCCGGUUUCCUGCUGCUGUUGGCGGACGCGUCUCUCACGUGGACCUUGUGGAGCGGCCUGCUGCCGAUGCUCGGCCGCGGGGCCGGCGUGGCCGAGCAAUGGGCCGGCGCGGCCCUCAAGUGGGCGCUCCUUGACGUCAUGACGCGUGCAGUGGCCCCCAAGAAGCAGCGGGUGAUAUUACGCGGGCUCGGCGCACUGCUCGUUCUCCUGCCCCGCUUACUCCGAUGCGGCAGCGAGCUCCGGGGGGAACCUGUCGCUCCCCCGGGGUUGUCCGAUCAGCUUCAGGUGUCGCUGUGCUCGGCGUUGAGUUGCCUCUUUUGGGAAACGGCCUUCGGCGGUGGUGGCGGGUUGACGGAAGAGGGCAAGGUAGCGCCGGACACUCGCCGUCUGCUCGCCAGGCUGCUUCAGCAAUUCAGACCCGACUUCCUCUUGCUGACUGCGGGUUGCGGCUUUAUCGUCCUCACCGUAGCCUGUGACACGUUGAUCCCGCUGUUCCAGGGCACGGUACUGGACAUGUUGCGAGGCGGAGCGCUCGACGGCUUCUACGCUACGCUGGGAAUCCUGGUGUGCUUCUCUGUGGGCAGCUGCAUUUUCUCUGGCCUGAGGUCUGGAUCCUUCAUGAUCAUGCAUGCUCGACUCAAUAAGCGUCUGAGGAUGGCGGUGUUCCGCACGGUGCUGUCCCAGGAAGUGCUCUUCUUCCAGGAGAACCAACCAGCAACUCUUUGUUCCCGCCUGCAAUCGGACGUGAACCAGCUGGGCCUGACGGUGGCGCUGAACUUCAAUGCCGUGCUGCGCAGCUCGAUCAAGACCCUCCUGAUGCUGGCGGUCAUGUUGUAUCAGUCGCGUCCGCUCACGGCGCUGGCGUGCGUCGAGAUCCCGGUCUUGGCCGCGCUGCAGAGACAACAAAUCCGUUACCACAAGGAAUUGAAGGAGCAGAAGCAGGACAGCCUGGCUCGCCUCAAAGAGCUCUGUCAUCAGUCGCUGGGCGGAAUCCACACAGUCCGAAGCUUCCGCGGCCAAUCGGACGAAGUCCAAAGAUUCCACGGAGAACUCCGACGCUUUCAAGAGAUCAAAAUACGAGCCGUGCGACGCAAAGCCUUCUUCACCCUCUUGCGGAGGUUGGGCGGUUUGGCGACAAAGAUGGUGAUGCUGCUGGCGGCUCGCUCGCUGGUGUCCGGCGGGCAGCUGAGCGGCGGGACCCUCCUGACGUUCCUCUUGUACCGGAAGCCCAUGUCACGCAACCUCAAGGAGAUCUUCGUGUGCUGCGGCGACACGUUGGCCACGUUGGGCAUCAUCUCCAAAGUCUUCAGCUACCUGGACCGCUCGCCCAAACGCCGAACCGACGGCCACCUGGCGCCUGAUGCGCUGCGGGGCGAGAUGGUGUUCCAGAAUGUCACCUUUGGCUACCCGUCCGCAGCGGGGGACGAACCGGCGCUGAAGGACGUGUCCAUGGCGCUGGAGGCGGGAAAGGUGACCGCCCUGGUGGGCCCGUCGGGUGGCGGGAAGACUUCCUGUGUGGGACUCCUCAAGCGACUGUACGACCCUCAGAGGGGGUCCGUCCUGCUGGACGGCCGGCCGCUGCACGCCUAUGACAACGCCUACCUGCAUCGUAAGGUGGUUUCGGUUCCCCAGAAUCCGGUUCUCAUGCGCGGCUCGCUACGCUACAACGUGGAGUACGGCCUGGAGGACUGCGACUUCCGGCGGGUGCGAGAGGUGUGCGCCAAGAUCAAAGGGGACCGGCUCUUGGCCAAGAUGGAGGCCGACUACGACGCAGACGUGGGCGAGGGCGGCGCGCAUCUGUCGGAGGGCGACAAGCAGAGCGUGGCGCUGCUGCGGGCCCUGGUGCGCCAACCUCGGGUCCUCCUCCUGGACGAGGCCACCAGCCAGAUGGACGCCCACACGCAACACGCCGUCCUGGAGGAGGUGGUCCGUUGCGGAUGCACUGUCCUGAUGGUGGCGCACCGCCUGCGCAGCGCGGAACGAGCCGACCGCGUCAUCUUCAUGGAAAACGGCGUCGUGACGGAGGAGGGGACGCACGCGCACCUGAUGGCCAUGGGGGGGCGCUACCAGAGACUCAGGCAGGAGCUCUCCGACCAGCGACCGUGACCCAUCUGUCAAGUCGCGAUCGCAGCCGGCCAGUCGCGGAGCGCGUGAGGGAAAAUUGGGCUUUCCAACUUUCCAACGGCUCUACUGGAUGAAGGACUUGGGAAUUAGUUGUCUGCCUCCUCACACAUACCAACUUUUAUGACGACCCCCGGAUCAAACCGGACAUUGUGUUAUUGCAAUUGUUUUACACGGGGCGCAGCUGCCCGCCAUUUUUUUGCACACUGCCUCUAUUAUUAGUUUUUAUUUCUUCAAGCGCACCCUCAUCGAUGUCUAAAACUAUCGAGGGCAGAAUCAAUUUGUACUGAGUUGUGAUGUUUGAAGACAGAGAAGAAAAGAUGUCAUGGCGUCGGCUCUUGAUUCCACUUUUCGAGAAAUAAAAGAACCCGUGUGCCAAGGAUCGACAAACGGGCCAAAUUCCUUUUGAAA